AUGGCGACUACUGGAAUGGAAUUGAAACCAGAAUCUCCUGCGAUGGUAAGAUCUAUGUAAUCUUUGUUAUUCAAUAUCAAAACUUUGUUCCUAUACCCCCCCCCCCCUUUCUUUUACUCUAAUUGGACUUCCUGAUUAAUUUGUAAUGUGUGCUAUAGUGUCUUAUACUUAUUUUCAUAUUUUAGUGUAGACCUUAAUGUGAUUAUUCUAGAGGGGGAAAAAAAACAAUUUUAUAGGCUACUUUAAUCUCUUAAAUUCACUGUACAUAACUAAAUAGUUCGAUAAAUGUUGUACUAUGAGGGAUGUUGUUUUAUUUGGCAUUCAUAUAUAGACUUCAAUAUGGUAUUUAGCAUUCAUUUUUAUGAUUUGAGAUAUUGUUUAAUAAUAUUUAAAUCCCUGGAUAAUGAUUUAAUUGAUUGGGUUGACUAAUUUACUGCUGUGGAGAACUUGGUCAAAAGGUUAUUAUAGAAAUAUUACAUCCUAAACUCUUGCAGCUGCCAAUUUAACUACCAGUUACAAAAAAUUUGAAGAAGCAGAAUGCAUAUGCAGAAUGCAAAUAAUUGGUUUUAUGACUGAAUAAUUGAUGUUAUUUUGCAAUGUGACUUGUUUUCACAGGAAUUUAGAGGCCAGGCCCAUCACAGUUCUGCACCUCAGAUCUCUGUGACAGAGAGUACUCCAGAAAGAAGCAGGAAGUUUCUGCCAACACCAGUCAGCCAGUUAUAUGUUCCUUCUCAACAUAACCAGGUCUGACUUGCUGUCUUGUGUCACUGUGGUGAUUAAGUGAUUUUAGUUUUGUGUUCUUAAAAUGUGUUAAUAAUCCUUGUUUGGUCAAAUCCAUGCCUCAUUUUUUUCCGAUAGGUCAGAUUAUCCAACAAAGAGCAGGAGUGUAUGGAUAUAUUUGCCCAAGGCCGGCGUACUCACAUGCAAGACCAGAGCUGUUUUUUGGAUACCACCAAGAGUGCUCCUUGCACACCCAAACUGGACAGAAAGGCUGCUGCAGGUGCAUUAAAAACAGGCAACAACCCAAACUUAAUGCCUAUAUGAAUGUCUGUUUCUGUAAAGACUUCUGGAGAUGUGUCUCAGUUGCCAAUUCACAUUUUUACUGUUCAGGGUUCAUAGAAAAUUUAAAUGAGUUAGCUGUGUAGUCAAUGAACUAUUUUCUUUCCUCGGCUCAGACUCUGAAAUGUUCUUCAACCUCUUGGCCAACACCCAGAGCAACCGGCUGGAUGACCAACGAGUUUCUCUCCCAUCGUUACCAGGAUUACAGAAUGAAAAAGCCACAUUUAACGCUGGUGGUGAUUCAAGCUACUUGUGUUACAUGGUCUCUAAAGUUCAGGUUAGUUUAUCACUUAUUCAGAAAAUAAGUUGACUAAUAUAACAAUAACCAAUAUGCUGUUGCUUUAGACCUUUUUAUGUGAUUUACUAAAUGUAACAUACAAUUAUUUGUCAGAAAAAUGUACCUUUGAUAAAAAGAAAAAUGACUGAAGAAAACCGGCUCUUUGCAUUUCUAGGGUUCAAGGAUGGAUGACCAAAGAUGCUCUCUACCUCAAAUACCUAAAGGGGAUGAUACUGUGCCCAGUCCAGGCCCUCCUCGUUCAGCUUCCUUCAGCAUCAGCUCAGACAUAGAACAACAAAAGAAUAAAGAUGUAUCAUCAUCUCAAAAACAGGUAAGUGAUAAAGUCAGUGGUACCUUUUUAUUAAAUACAAUAUUUCAAAUCCGUCAUGUAUAAUUGUCUAUUUGAUGCAUUGAUGAUACAACAGAUUGUUUAUCCAGUGACAUGAAUAUGUACUUUACACCCUUUUCCUUACUAGAUCUUAAAUCCAGCUGACCAGGAAGCUUUUUUUAACCUCAUGAGUCAUUCUCAACGUGGCCGAAUGGAUGAACAGCGUUGUGUCUUGAAUGUUAGUCCCCAGUCCAAACCCAAACACAAGUCCAGUGAGAGUACUGCGCCCAAAGGUUAGAAUAAAAACUUAUCUGUCAACAAACUAUUUAUUUUCCUUUAUAUCUAACAUGAUAAUUUAACUUAUUUGUAGAGGUAUGUGAUGAUUGUCCACUUACUUGAUCAUGAAAGUAUUUACUGUCUCUUUAACCUUUACAGGUCCAGAUUCAGAGAAGUUUUUUAGUUUUCUGGCUAACUCUCAAGGCCGAAGACUUGAUGACCAACGAGCAGUUCUUCCUUCCUUGCCAGGGAUACAAAAUGGAGGAACUGCAUCAAAAUCCACUGCUUCAGAGAGAGAUGCAAACUACUUGUGCUACAUGGUCUCCAAAGUCCAGGUUUGCCCAUCCCACAACAUGAAAAAUGUCCUUUAACUUGUAUCUUUUUCUUUUUGGUCCUUCAUUUUUCAAAUGCAAUGAAUCCUGUUCAACAGGGCUCAAGAAUGGAUGAACAGCGAUGCUCUGCACCUCAAAUCUUCCAGAAUAUGGGUUCCCCUUCCACUCAGCACAAAGAUAAUUCAGGUCCACCUGAUAAACCUCAGAGGUCUGCCUCCUUUAACAGCGGCGAAACUGAUCAUCAUAAGCAGGUGAGACCUCCUACAGCAUAACACACAGCUUACAGCUGGGCCAAUUAUUCUGAUUAUUUUUGAAAGACAAGCUUCAGGUGACUUAAGCUGCGUCUGAAUAGUAAACUUAAUCCUUGCUUUUCUUUUCUAUUUUUUUAGGAAGCUUCUCCAGCUGAGCGGGAUCAGUUCCUCAAAAUGAUGAAUCACGCACAAAGAGGACGUAUGGAAGAGCAGCGUUGCUUUCUGCAACCCAGCAGAAGCACACCAGCAACACCCACACACAAUGGAAGUGCUUUAAAUGAUAAGCCCACAGGUUAGAAAAACACAUGGCACUCAAGGUCAGCAAUGUUUUUCUGUCUCUGAAACAUCACAGAAAUAGCUCCUGACACUCCAUAACAGGUGCCGAGGCUGACACAUUCUUCAAGAUCAUUGCCUCCAGUCAAGGACGGCGGCUAGACGAUCAGCGUGUUGCCCUCCCCAACCUGCCGGGGAUAGGUGGAAACGCAAACAGACAAGAAAAUGGAAGAAGUAAUAACAGUGGAAUAGCAGUGAGUUGGCUGAAAUCCAAACAGUCUGUGGUUUUGACACAAAUGAUAUUGUCAGUGUUGCUAUAGUUAGGCUGUUGGUAUUUUAAUGUCACACUCUUAACAAGGGGAUGAUAUUCAGGGCAUGCCUGUCAGUAUGACAUUGUUGCAUCCACAAUACUGUUAUUGAAGAGCUAUUGAUAGCAGAAAUUUUAUACAUGGACAACAGGUUUCCACCUUGUAAAUAGCUGAGAUGUACAGCUUAUGAGGCUCUUAAGUAGCUCCAAGUUUAGAUGAUCUUCAAUUCUAUGUUAGCUGUUUGUUUGAAGUUUUUAUGUAAAGACAAAAUAAUGUUGAUAUGGACAUUUCCUUUUUUCCCUUUUGCAAGGCUUUUCUUCCGCACAUCACCGUGGCAAAGAGUACACCAACAACAUCAAGAAAAAACUCUCCAAAACCCAUCUCUCAGCUUAAGAGGACUCCUGCGGUUUAUGGCUCCCCCAGAGUUGUUCCAAAAUCUGCUUCCUAUACCCCUGAGACAGAAUUUCAGAAGCUAAACUCUCCAGCUCAGGUAAAAUGUUUACAAGUAUUUGUUAUUGAGAAAUAGACAACUACAAGAAAACAAGCUUACAUUUGCAGAGAACACAAAAAGGGAUGUCAGUAUACUGCAUGAAUUAACCAACCAGGGUUUUCUGUUAUAAUAAGUCUGGUAUUUGAUUUGUUGACUGCUUACAUUUUUGAUAUGAUUCAUGGUUGUAUUUGCACAAAAAAACAAGCUAACAUUUCUUUACAGGUAACAGUGAAGGUGUCAAUGAGUUUCACGCCACAGCAGGUGAGCCGUGCUGCAGCUUGUGCAGAUUAA